CGCGUCAGUUGGACGUUUGGCGCGAGAGUGGGCACACGCUCGCUGUAAACAGAUAAAUAAUACCACGCGGUCAAACCCACGUGGCUGGUAAUUGAGACAUGUCGCGUGCGCAUUCAGCCUAAUGAACAUUCGUUAAUUGGCUUAAAAACUUUUUGGUGUUCUAUUACAUGAGCGUCUACGGAUAAAAACUUUUUUUAAAUACUUUUUGUUUUGUAUUUUAUUUUUCUUUGGUUUUCACGUUUGAAACAGGAUUUCUAAAAUGGACUGCCUAAUAAAAUAUUUUUUAAUUACUUGUUUUGAGCAAUGGUGUGAAAAUUUGUUUUUGUUUUAUGAAUAACGUCAGUGACAGUUGACUAAAUAUUUAAAGUAUCGUCACGUAACGGUUAAUUUUUAAACAUGGAUACAGCUAUAACUCUGGUUUUCGGCUUCCUAGCGUUACCCGGCCCUUCCUGUACGAACUCCGAUAAUCUAGCUUUAUUGGCUGGCACUCUCAAGACCACUCAGCGAGCUGCAUGUGAUGACGAAAUGGUGUCCCUAUCCUGCCCUCCUGGUACUUCUAUCAAUAUUCAAGUCGCUCAGUACGGUAAAGCGGCGCCUGGAGGGCACGGAUGCGUUGCUUUCGACUCAAAAGUCGACGAUUUAGCUGAAGAGGAAAAGUGUUUAUGGCCUAAUACUAUGCAGUAUUCGCUGCUGCAAACCGUGGUCGAGGCAUGUCAAAAGAAGCCGCAAUGCAAGUUCAGCACGAAGUCGAAACCUGAAUUGGUAGACCCCUGUCCGCGUGCGAGGAAAUUUGUGGAAGUUGCGUACAAGUGUAGACCUUCUGAGUUCCGCAGCCGCACAGGAUGUGAAGAUGAAGUGGUCAAGUUAAGCUGUAACGCGCACUCCAGAGUUGCGAUAUUCAACGCAGAGUUCGGAAGAGCUCCCUACGAAACGAUGAACUGUCCACAGUACACAGAUUAUAUCGCUGAGAAAUGCUUUGCUCCAUACGCCGUGAAAACAGUUAUGCAGAUCUGUCACGGUAAACGAUGGUGCCAAAUCGUGGCAAACAACAGAACGUUCGGAUCUCCUUGCAAGCCAAAUCCGAGGAAUUACCUCAAAAUUGUUUAUGCUUGCGUUCCUCUCGGAGUUCUUACAGAGAAGUAUGAAAGUCCUAUCGAAGAGGAUGAAGUAGUGAACAAUUAUAACGCGAGUCGAAAUGCUGGACUCUUUGAUGAAUCAGAUAUUGGUGAAAAUUGGAGGGAGCCAAAUAUUCCAAUUUCCAAUCCAGCUGUGCAGUCACCGAUUGAUGUCAAUGUUCCGUCUUCGAGGAAUACCGAAGAUACUUCGAUACGUAUAUUAGUAUCAAAUAUGGAUAACGAAAAAGAAUCGUCGCUUGUAAAGGAGUCUUCACAUUAUUCAUCAAAUACAAAAUUCCUUAUUUACAUAAGUAUUGGGAUUUUAAUAAUAAUUAUUUUAGUUGCAUUGCUGUUUGGCAUUCGGUAUUACAAAAACAGAGAAAGAUCUAGAAAUUCUAAAAACGGCGACAUGUUCACAACAGAAGCUCCGAACGUUUUCAAUGACGCAGCGUCGGAUAUAGACGAUGUUGACGUGAGCCACAUUUCUGGAACGUUCUACGAUCCGUUGCACCCAGACAUGAUUCUUUAUAGAGAUGGUCAAACCAAAACAGCAUUGAGAGCAAUGAAACCUCUCUCAACUGUAUAUCCUUGUGCGGGCGCCAGUAUGUAUGGUAAUGUGGAUUAUGCGCCAUCUAAUUCACGUGAAACAAGGUUUAUGACGAAAGAGAUGGAUUCCGAUAUCAAGUUGAAUCCAAACUUUGGUUGGAUAUACUAGUCCUCACUUCGAAUGGAAUUAUUAAAUUGGACACUCAAGGACAUUAUGAUUUAUUUCUAUAUCUAAGUGAUGAUUAUAAAAAUGCUUAUAAAGCAAAAUUAUUUAUAGGGAUAAUGUUUGAUUGAACGACAUUUUAAAGUGUAUUUAUCGCACUAUGUAGAAUAUAAGUUAGAACGCAGUGCUAUGAUAAGUACGAAUUAUGAUAAGACUGUACCUACAGUAUGGUCGCUGUUAUCACACAUAUUAACGCUAUAUUUAUAUUUCAAUUGUUUUGUCCAACGUAUAUUAUAU